AUGACUUCCUUCUUUGGAAAGCUGAAGAGCCAGAAUGCAUCUGCACCAGCAGUAGGCGCGUCCACGGCCAAAAAGGACGCAAAUGCGCCUCUACCAACCCCUCUCGAGCGCAUGCUAGCGAAUGCUGGCCCGCUUCGCAACGAUGGCAGUGAUAAAUUCUUUGGCAUGGAAAAUUUCGGAAACAGCUGCUAUUGCAAUUCGAUCCUGCAGUGUCUCUAUUAUUCGGUGCCUUUCCGAGAACACGUUCUUUCGUAUCCACGCCGGUCCAACCCUGACGCCGUUGCCCAUGCUCAGUUGCACGCUCCUCCUCGAGUACCGCCGAAUCAACAAAACGGCGCGGCGAAGAAGCCACCCCCAGGGCCUGCAUCUUCGCGAAAUGCCGGUACUCCUCCUCAACAACAACAGAAGCCCGAGGAUAAAGACUCGCCGGAGUACAAGAAGAAACAGGCGAUUUUGAACGGCCCCAUUCUGAACAUGACUUACGAUAACUCACAGGAUUAUGACAUGCCAGAAAGCCUUUUUACAUCGAUGAAGGACAUAUUCGAGGCCAUCGUCUUGCAUCAGUCGAGGAUGGGAGUCGUGAGCGGGCACAGAUUUCUCGAGGUUCUUCGUAAGGAAAAUGAGAUGUUCAGGUCUGCCAUGCACCAGGAUGCGCAUGAGUUUCUCAACCUCCUCCUCAAUACCGUGGUGGAGAAUAUCGAGGAUCACGACAGAAAAGUGAUUGCGCAGAAGAAAUCGGAGGAGCCUUUACCCGCAAUUGAGCCAGCGACGGAUAUGGCCAGAACAGAAUCAGCGACUGUAUCAUUUCCCUCUAUAUUACCAGCUCCGACAGCAAAUUCUCCGACAAAGUGGCUACACGGCCUUUUCGAAGAUCUUUCGGUCGAUUUGGAGCAGCAUUCAUCGGUCACCGCGUGUUUACGAAGAUUUUCCGAGGAGGAGAUGCUCUGCGAGCGAAAUAAGUUCCACUGUGACAAUUGUGGCGGCCUCCAGGAAGCAGAGAAGCGAAUGAAAAUCAAGCGACUUCCACGAAUAUUGGCUUUACACCUGAAGCGUUUUAAGUAUACUGAAGAUUUCGGGCGUCUGCAGAAGUUAUUCCACAAAGUUGUGUAUCCUUAUCAUUUGAGACUCUUCAACACCACCGACGACGCAGAGGAUCCUGACCGACUCUACGAGCUAUAUGCAGUGGUUGUUCAUAUUGGCGGGGGACCAUAUCAUGGCCACUAUGUCGCGGUUAUCAAAACCCAGGAUCGGGGCUGGCUUCUUUUCGACGACGAGAUGGUUGAACCUGUCGACAAAAACUUUGUCCGCAACUUCUUCGGAGAUAAACCAGGGCUUGCAUGUGCCUACGUGCUAUUUUACCAAGAGACAACACUCGAAGCCGUUCAAAAGGAGCAAAGAAUGGAGGGAAAGAGACGAGCUUCGCAAGAUCUAACCAAUCCCCUUGGUGUUGAUGCCAAUCACUCAGCGGAGUUGCAUCGUGUUGAGACAUUCAGUCCAAUGGCCUCUCCAGCGUCCACUGCAGAAGCCGCACAAUACGCGGCGCUCGAUCACGCGGUCACCGCGCCACCUCAAUUUAAGGCCAACGGCCAUGUUGAAACACCCCAGUCGCCUCCUAAUUUCACCCCAGCCAGACCGACCAGUCCUGUUGUGCAAAGCAAGAAAGAAAAGGCGAAAGAGGAAAAGGCACGGAAAGCGGCAGAGAAACAGGCAGAGAAGGAAAGACAAGAAGCCGAACGACAACGCCGCAAAGACUUAGCCAACAAAAUUACAGAAGCGCACAAGAGACAAGAGGCGGAACUUAAGGCGGCCAUGGAAGCAAGUAAGGCGACAAAGGCCGAGGAGGAUAGGCGUAACGCCCUUGAAAGAGCGCACACCGUUCAAGCAAACGGAAGUGGCCAUUCAGGUCUCGACCGGUUCAAACGAUCGAAGAGUCUGCGAUUCGGAUCCUUGACCAGAAGAGACAAGCCGACAUCGAAUCCAUCCGAGGAAAAUAUGGUUCCCUCAGUAACACCAGAGAGUGCGGAUCCUCCAGAAAAAGAGAAGGAGAAGGAGAAGAGAAAUCGUUUCAGCAUUCGAAAGAAGUCGUUCGGCGUGUUAUCAUGA